AUGGAAAAGCAGACGUCGGGAUUCACAGAAGCACAUACCGUUGGUUAUUUGUCAAACUUCCCCGCGAUAUAUACGUAUAACACCUCGGCAACGGGAAUAAUAAACAACUCGACCCUGAAGCAACUCAUGGAGGUGGAUCAAGGCACUCCUUCAACGGGCUACUCCUCCGACGAAGGUAUCGCUGGCGAUUUGUUGAUGCUCAAUGGCGUCUCCGGCGAGGACGAACCAUCAGGGGAAUCAUCACUCGACGCAUCACAGGCGCUGGGAAUAGCGUCGACAGAAGAUGAGAUUAUUAGUGUUUACGAGGUUUUCGUCAAGGAAGGUUUAAAUGAGCAGCAGCAAUUGACAAAGAGAAAACCUGGUGUUUCGGUGAUCUCUGCCCAUCCAGCUGGCAUUCUCACGAAGCGUCAAGACGAGUGUGCGCUGGAUUUGGAUGAUAUCGACAUUAUCAGUGUGGACGGUGAUGCCGCUGAGAAUGACGAGGAUGAGGUCGAUGUCGCUGCUAAGGAAGUGAUCGAGAGGGAGGAACUCGAGGCUCUCCAAUCAGCAGCAAAUGCGUCGGAGGAAAAUAUGGCGGCUACGGCGGUGAGCAACCAGUCUGGCGAGCGACCCUCACCCGUGUCAACGGGUGCUCAGCUAAUUGAUAAAGAUGAUCCUCGAUCGAGGCUGCACUACGUCAAAUACCUCAAGCGUGACGGCAAAACCUUGAAAAUCUGGGAGUGUGGAAUAUGCUCAAAGGAAUUCCGUCACCAGUACACGCUGAUGCGCCACUUGCCGACGCACACGGACGAGCGCAACUUCAAGUGUGACGUGUGCGGUAAAGCAUUUCGGCAACUCUCAACUCUCAGCCAGCACAAGGCAAUUCACAGUGACGCUCGGCCCUACGUCUGCGAUUUCUGCAAGAAGACCUUCAACAGAGUCUCGACUUUGAUAUCACAUCGAAAGACUCACUCGGAGCACAAGCCGCACAAGUGCCACCUCUGCGGCAAGGGAUUUCAUCAGAAAGGAAAUUUACGCAACCACGUAUUCACCCAUACAAAUGAGCGCCCAUACAAGUGUGAUAUCUGUGGGAAAGGCUUCAAUCAGAUGUCAAAUCUCGUUUGCCAUAAGGUCAAGGCUCACGCUCAUGCCGAAAAGAUGCAGUACUCUUGUGGCAUCUGUGGCAAGGAGUUCCCAAGGCGUUUCGCUCUACGCUCGCAUGAGGAGUAUAAGCACGGCAUCAAGUAUCGUCAGACCUCGAGCUCACAAACCACAGCUAACGAACUAAGGACUUCCAAGAGGAAAAGCGUGCGAGUCGUCCAAGUUCCCGAGGAUGAUCCGCAUGGUUCAUUUUCAGAUUCACGUGAUAAAGAUAUGGAUAUGACAGAGUUUAUGGAAAAUAUUAUCAUCGAUAAAAUCGAAACUAAAGCGAUGGAAGCUGCUUUAUUACAAGGACAGACGCCAUUUGCACUAUUCAAGCCUGCUAAGGGUAUUCCCGUACUUGUCAAAGUUACACCGAGUGGAGAUUUCAAUCAUUUGCUGACGCCAGCCACAGCGGAUGACUUGAAGAUUUCGGAAAAUAUAGAUUCCAACAAUGCUCAACUCUCAGAAGAUGGAUCUAAAUCUAUACAGAUCAAGGUUCCUGUUGUAGCUACUGUAACUGAAAAGCUCGAAUCGGAUGGAAAAAUCUGCUUCUUGAUUGAAGCUCCUGGUCCAGAACAAGAGCAAGUCUAUAUGCUACGAAACAUGAGGGCAAAACCAAGCUGGCAUUCACCUUUGUCGAUAUUCGUACAUAUAUUCCCUUUCCACCUUCCUUUAGACAAUUUGUUAACGCCAGUCGAUUCGGUCCCGGAGGUGCUGCCUUGCGAGGAUGAUCUCGACUAUUCCCCACCUGAAUCGUUCCCAAAUCAAGAACAAAAUAUACCAGCAUCAGUAGAGUCCGUAACCGAGCAACAACAGGAACCACUUCUCGAGUUGGCUGCAAUGGGAGACAUUCAACUAUUUAUGCGCCCAACAGAGAACGGUCGAUACGAGCCUGUGGAAAGCAGCGAAGCACGAUACUUGAUUGCCCAAAAAUCAUGCGAUGUCAAGUUUUACGGCGCCGAGGAAGCUGAAGCUAUCGUCAAUGGUGAACUUAACUAUAUUCCUACUGGUAGUUCAACAACAACGGCUGUGGAAGUCCUGCAAAAUCAACAAUCUCCAGAAAUUGUUGUACCUGAUUCCAAUGGAAUUAUGGUACUCGAUCCAAAUAAUGAUCAGAAGGCUUUGACGCUUGGUGAUUUGGAGAUUCUUAAUACAGAUUUGAGGCAGAUUCUUUUCAAAUGCUCCGAGGAAAGGUUCGUGUCCGAGUCAGAACCAUCUUACCUCACGCAGGCUAAAAUUGACGAGAUUCUCAAUACAAAACCAAUAACCACAGAUGCUAUAGCUAAUGUAGAUCAAAAUAAUUAUACUGCAGGUAGGAUUUUGAAUGAACUACCGAGUUAUUCAACAUAUCCCAGUGAAAUGCAAACCAUUGCGACUUCAUUAUUGUGCAACAGACAUCCACAUCAGACAUAUCCGUACCCAAUAUCGGCACCUCAGCAGCCCAUAUCAUAUUCCAAAAAUAAUCCAGGAUUUACAGACGAGGAGAUAGGUGCUAUUUUCGGGGAAGAAUAUCCAUCUGCAAUUGAUUAUUCAGUACUAACGGAAAUAAAUAAUCGGCUGCGGGCACCCGAUUUUGACGACGAUUCGGAUGGUUUUUUCCAAUCGGGUGUUAAAGUUGUCGCACAAAGGAAUCCUAAUUCACAAAUGUUUGAAAAUGCAAUGGAGAGGCAAUAUGAGCGCGUGACGAGUCCUAUGAAACCACCUGAUGUUUCAUCUUUGGAUUUGACAACACAACUCGAUGAUUUGAAAUUCUUAAACACUUACGAUCAACUUCUCAAGAGCUCGAUGUGCGAAUCAAGUCUUCCACCUUAUAAUUCGCUUGGUACUCCGUUGAGCUCAUUUAUUCCUGAUGAGAUAAAGAAAGAUAUUCCGUUUGAAGUCAAAUAUUUCCCGUCGGAAGAUUUUGAAAACAAAGAAAAUAAUAACAAGCAAAUGAACUUCAAGAGUUUUGAUCAUUUAACUCCGGAUGGAUCAUUCGGACAGAAUGGCAGUGCAAUAGUCAACGCUUUAUCGAGUGUUGAGAACUUGUUAGAAAGAGAACAAGAUAAACUGAAAAUGGACGCGGGGAACUUUUUACAAGCUUGCAGUCCCUGUGGUCCAGCUGAUUUUCUUUACUUUGAAAAUCGCUUCACCGACAGAGAUGUUGCGAGUAGUCCCUCUUGCUCAUUAGAGCGCUUUCCACAAGAGAAAGAAAUAGCUACAGGUUCGUUACCAGAUUUGGAUUGUUGA